AAUGAGUAGCUUGUCUAGAUUAGCUUUCAAACUACUUUUGUUAAACUCCAUCAAACAUGUUUUACUGGUGGUUACAUUUAAGUGGCUUUCAUUAAAAAACUGAACAAUUUCUUUCAUUACAUUAUUAUACUUGGCCUCUAGUUCAUUACAUGAUUCAUUUUUACACACAAUGGACAUGCCAUUGGCAUAGAGAACAAUUUUGGAAUUUAUAGUACAGUAUCUAAUAUCAUUUAUAUAGAUCAAGAACAGAAGGGGGUCCAACACCGAGCCCUGGGGCACGCCAUACUUUAUGCAAGUGAUCUAUGAUUUGUAGACACCACUUUCUGUUCCAGUUUGACUUGUUACUAUGAAUUUCCUCUUUUCACCUUGUGUUUUGACCAUGUUAUUCACUAUUGGUUUUUAUUAAUGAAACAUCGUAAAUACCUGUAGUUUCCUAGACAGAUUCCUGCACGAGUGCCUUGGAAGCACACCUAAUGAUGUGUAGUUCUCUUGUGAGCAAUAAAAAGUUUUUUUUUUUUGCCAAGGGCUGGAUGCCCCAAAAGAUGUUUCUGUAAGACAAAAGGGCAUGGAAAUAUCCGAAAUUGGCAGCUCUUGUGGCCUCCUCAUGUGUGUUUGAUGCAAUUGUGAUCAAGGCAAAUGUUGCAGAAUGUAGCCUUUUUUUCUAGAUUGAGGAUAUGGUUGGACCAAUUUAGUUUGCAAUCUAUGUACACACCCAGAAACUUAGCUGAGUUUACUUGCUUUAUUUGUUGUCCAUUACAUUCUAUAUUUAUAUCUGCCAGUUCUUUAUGUGCCAUGUGAAACUGUACAUAAUGAGUUUUAGUUAUAUUCAGAGAGAGUCCAUUACAGUUAAAUCAUGUCAGAAUUUCAUCAAAUGCAUUGUUCUCAGAUGUUUCCCAGUUGCUCCCUGUUGCUUUGUCAACUAGAAUAGAAGUAUUAUCAACGAAUAGGGUGAACUUGCUCACUGACGUGGUGCAGUGUGGGAUACAGUAAGGGUCUCAGUACUGUGCCUUGAGGCACUACAGUGUUGACAGUGCCCCACUUGGAUAAAGCUGGGAUUUCAAUACUGUCAGUAGUUAUUACCCUUUGUUUCCCAUUUGUAAUGUCAGAUUUAAUCCAUGUCCCCAUUAUUCCAUCUAAGAUGUAAGAAAAUAUUUUAUGUGAAAAAUACCAUUGUACUCAAGUAAAAUUUGAGAUAUGAAUAGCAAAUAAACUAGGGAGGCAUCUAUGAUGUCUCAUUCCACAUCUACGAAGUUUCACUUGUUUAAUGGGAUUUACGGAACAUGAUAAAUUAGGCAAGAGACAGUAGAAAUACAUUGUUCUUUUCUGAGACCUGUUUAUAUUACAUAUAACUUACGGCUUUGUUUACGCACUGACAUGUAAAAUUUGAUUGUAUUUAAAACACAACAACCAGUCUUUGUGUGCUGUCUUCAUUGCACUAUUCAGUUACUUCAUGAGACACGAUCGGCUCUGCGUACAAUUCAUAAAAACUGAUGUACGCACAGUACAGAAAUGCUGCCUAUCGCCCCUGAAAGGUAUUGAAAUGAAUCCGGUAUUUUUCUGUGCAGGCUGUUACUUUUUUAAACUUUUCAGUUAAAGUGUGAGACUGGACGACUCCAAUUUCUUGAUGUUGUGACAAGACUGAUCUGUAAUGUAGCCCGAGGUCUAGGUUAGGUUGAAAGGUGAUAAUUUGGUUGUGAAUUGACAAAGGUAACAAAUUUGAGAGCAGAAUAAAGGUUGUGGUAACAGAUGGACCUUUAGUGUAGUCUAAUUUUUACAUUUGUGUGAUGUUUAAUGCACCUUUUUGCUUUAAAAAUUAAAAGUGCAAAGUAAGUUAAAAAGUGCAGCGUUGUAUUAUGGACAAGUCUCCAAUGGGUAUUUUUCCGCAUAUUAUUUAGAUAGUUUUUUCGUUCAGAAAAUGUAAAUCAGCACGGCCGGGUAGAGCAGUGGCCGGGUAGAGCAAACUCCAGCCUCCCAGUGUCUCAACAGUUGCCCCGUUUCAGUCGUACAGUCGCUACGGCACAAUGUCCUUCGAUGGGGACGCGGUGUCGUCCGUGUUGCAACACACACUGGUGAAUCCGGAACCGUGAACGUGCUGCAGUGCCCUUUACCUGAGCUGACUCCAGGUCGAUAAGUGUGCCACUAUUCCCGUGCUUGCCUUAAUGUCCUCCUGGCAGUCAUCUUGUAAAACUGAGGCAGCAUCCCCCUGUCACGAGUGAGAUGUUAAAACUUGGGAAGAUAAUGAGACAUAACUGUUAUGCGCCAUAGGUCUCGGGGGCACUAUUUUCUUGCAAAAGCUUUACAGUACUGUAAUGCGAGAGGGUGUCGUUAUCGCCCGUUCACAAUUGCCGUUACUCAGAAUCUGGUCCGGCUGUUGCUGAUCUCCAACCGACGGAGUGGAAUGACGUAGGAUGCUGCAGGGAAUCCGUUACUCGUUCUCGGACAGUGGGCACAGAUGUAAAGAGAUUGUGAUAUGCUCGGUGUACGGUACGACGAUUCUUCCCUGUGGUGGGCAGAGGUGUUCCACCGGAACCUUGGCGACAGGUAUAUCUUCUCUCUGUUUCCCACACAGCCUGACAGUGGGCCGUAGUCCAUCUGAAUGCCCCACAAAUCUGGAUAUUGCACGAUUCGACCGACCGGAUGAAACCGUGUCAGGUGCUGAUAAUGCUUUUCACACAAGUAUGCAGCAUCUCUGUAUCUUCCACCUCGAUCACAGAAUGCCUGACAUUACUUCGCUGGCUCGAUGUCGGUGCUGUCCGUGGUCCUGGUAUACCCUACUGGGCAUAGCAAUCACUGAAUGUGAACAGUGCUAAUGCAUCCUGGUGGCCGUUUUACCGGUCACAGAAAGUUGCAGCUCUAAUCGUUACAUGCGUACCAGUGGUGUGUACACGUAUGAAGUUACUGUACAUUCCCGACACAUUGUCGGUGGAAUGGUAACCGAUCCCCUACUGAAAAAGUGGACGUUUGUGUCUACGGUCGUAAUUUAUUUAUUUUGCCCGGUGGCUACCGGUUUUGUUGCACGGUACUGUCCUCGGUCCAUCCUGUGAUAAAAAAUCCGAUUAGGCCUACUUACUCAGUAGAGAGAAAUUUACAAAAAUAUUUGUGACAGCAAAUAUGUUACGUAAUGAACCUUAAAAUGCAUUGCUAGCAUCUUAGGUACCCCUGACAUGGAGUUGUCACACUUUCCACGUAGGUGUGCCGAGUAUUAAAAGAUACAGCCAGUUUUAAGCUUUAAAUAUAUGUAAAUUGUAGCCACUAGUGAUAAGAGUGCCGCAACAGAAUUGCAGAUAUGUUUAUCUGAGUUUACAUUUUUAUUGUUACAUACAGUUUAGUUCUUAAUUUCAAAUUAACUCUGUAUUUAGGGGCACUCUUAUUGCUGCUAGUUGCAAUUUACAUAUAUUUAAAGCCCAACACUGACAAAAUCUUUUAGUGCUUAAUGCACAUACUUGGAAAGUAAGUGUGAUGCAUGUCAGGGGUAAGGUGUCACCUAUGCAUUUUAAGUUUCACUGUGUAUGAUGUGUUUGUUGGAAUUAAGGAUAGUAUAUUUGUAAAUUGCUCUUGUACUACAGUUCUGAGUAUGUAACUGAAUUUUUUUGAACAUAGCAUGGCCUGAGAAUGGUACUAUGUACUGAAACCAGUAGCCACUGGGCAAAAUAUAUAAACUGGAACUGUACACACAAGCAUGUAGGGUACUUUUUCAUGUCUUCUGGGUGGGGUGAUUCACUUUUAUUGUUGGACAGUGUGCUAGUCCCACGAGGUAUGUGGCAGAACUUCUUUAGUGUCUAACAAAGUAGGAGAGAGCUACUGGUGAGAUGGAAGUGUUGGCCAGGGGUCUGGCCCCUGAAUUUUAUCUGUACAAGAGGUAUACUGCUGUCAACUGGGGAGGGGGAAGGAAAUGCUUCGUGUAGUUCCGGAGGCUGAGAGGCUCCACGAGAUCCAGAACGACGUGCUCACCAGGUGGUCGGUUCUCUCUACGCGUGUCCUUUUUGCCAAGGUACUGGACCGCGGUGCUGCUUCCGUGGCCCUCUCUCCCUACCCACUGCUGGCCGGCCUCCUGGACAGCAGCCUCCAGAGAGCCGACGUCGGGUUCGACAUCCUCUCGUCACCGCGCCGCGAUUCGGAAGCCUUCAAACCGACAGAAAAUGCCGGUCACAGGGUGGUUUUUCAGGACCUGGGCACCUCUUCCCAGAUGCCGCUGUCGGGGCUUCCGGAGGGCAGUCCCGAGCGAGCCGAACGCGGGUCGAACUCCCCGUCACCCCCGCACCGAAGUCCGGAAGCCUCCGAACCGACGGGAAGUGCCGACGUCGCCUGUAGUGACACGAUGAAGUCGCCCGAAUUUUACGAGUGCGGAGACGAGCUUGUCGGUGACCUGAUGUCCGAGACGAAACGGCCCGAUGUGAUCGAGCUGCCGGGUGAAGGUGAUAGUGGGGAAGAGAAGACUGCUCGUCCAGUGACGGACUUCCAGAGAGCCAGGGCUGUCGACGGAGGGCGGCAGGACGACAACGAGGUGGUGCUCUCUGACAAAGAGGGAGCUGACCACCCAGACAUUACCUGUGUCAUGAGGACAGACGAGAGAGACAGAGAGGAAGUGGGCAACGAUGUGAUUCUGGAACCAACGACAAAUAGAGAGGUGCCUGCUUCAGUUUGCAGAGAAUCCACUAGUAGCCCAGGAUUGUCUGAGGACUGCGCCACCGAACCGUCCGAUCUCUCGGAGGACACGAGUGCCCGCAGAAGACAGGUGACGGGGAACGCCGUCAGUAGACGGUCGCAGCAGUCGGCACCUUGCGGGCGGCGGCAGUCGGACGGCACUUCUUGCGGGAGGUGGCGGAAACUGGCUGUGGGGAAGCCACUGUACCAGCUCACUUGCAGCUCGUGUCUGAAGCUAUUUUCGUCGAGGUACGAGCUGAUCCGGCACGUGUUUGUUCAUGUCGAAGAUGUAGCACCUCCUCUGCACAUCUGUGUCAUGUGUGGAGAGGUUUUUGCUAGUGACGAAGAAGUAGCAGAUCACCAGAUGAGUACUACUGCGCAGUGUUACGCAUUCGUGCGAGUGGAAAAGCGUGCGGGAACUCUCGAGAAGGUGUGGUUCUGUACCGCUUGCGAGCAGAUGUUCGAAACUAAACGCCGACUGGCAGUUCACGAGGCAGAGAGUCACGUCGGGGCCGGCGUCGCGGCCCGCACGGGACUGCCCGUACCGGUGACAAAAUUCGGUGACAUUCCUCAGGUACGUAUCGACAAUAAUCUGGCAGAUCACCACAGUAGUAAAUACGAAAGAAAGCGGGAAAGACCUCUGGGAAUAUUGCGGCAAAAACCUUCCGGUACCGACUUUAAGAGAAAGCCGGGCAGACCUAGAAAACUUUUGCAGAAGACUUCCCGUAAUGACACCAAAAGAAAACUGGGAAGACCUCCCAAAAUACAGUCGGGAGAUGCCCUCCGUUCGAACGCAGAUAUAAUUGUAAGGGAGUCCGAAGUUAUGGUCGGAAGGCGCGUGAACCGAAAAUCUGACAUACCCUCGGGAGAACCUUUCGAGAGAAAAUCUGAAACAAAUUUGGGUGAAAUGCCCAGAAGAAAACCGGGAAGACCUCGUGUUAGGAAACCCACAAUAACUUCGGCAGAGCCUCGCAAUAACUUACUGCCGGUAACGUCGGAGGAAUAUGUUGAAAGAAUACCCGAAAUGAAACCAGCAGAACCUCUUGAUAGGAAGUCGGAAAUUCGAUCCGAAUUUGCUGCCGAUGGAGUACUAGAAAUUACAAAGGGAGAUACUGUCAGUAGAACACUUCAAACUCCAUUAGGACGGAUUGUCAAUAAAAAACCCAAACUUCCAUCAGGAGCGUUGGUCGAUAGAAUAAAUGAAGUGGUACUGAGAGAGCCUCUCGAUAUAAUAUCGGAAACUGCACGUGGGGAUAUUCUCGACAGAAAACCAGAAACUGCAUGUGGAGAUACUCGCGAUAGUGUACCAGAAACUGCACACGGACAGAAUCUCGACAGAAUAUUACAAAACGCACAUGGAGAGACUCUCGGUAGAAUGCCGGAAAGUGCACGUGGAGAGGCUAUCGGUAGAAUACUGGAAAUGGCACCGGAAGAACCUGUAGGUAGAUUGUCUGAAUUGGCACCGAGAAUAGCUCUCAGUAAAUACGAAACAACACCGGAGCCUUUCAAAAAUAAAUCGGGAAUAAUACCAGGAGAACCUUUCGGCAGUCGACCCGGUACGGCGCCAGAUUGUCUUACCGGUAGCAAACCAAAAAGAAAACGAGGAAGGCCUCCUGGAAGUAAAAACAAAAUACCGGGCAAACCUCGCGGUAAAAAACCCAAAAUGGUACCGGAAGAGCUUCUCGACAAAACACCUGGAAUGACACGAGGUAAAACUGUCCACGGACUACGAGAAAUUAGACCGGGAGAGUGUGUAGAUCGAUUAUUAGAAAUGACAUGGGGAGCACCUCCGGAUGAAAUGAGUUCGGGAGCGCUCUCGGACGGACAGUACGAAAUGAGAUCCCAAGAAUUUCUCGAUCGACUAUUCGAUCUGAGACCGGGAGAGCUCCCAGAUAGACUGCACGAAAUGACACUGGGAGAACACCUGUACAGACUAUACGAAAUGGCACCGCAAGAACAUCACUACAGAUUGCACGAAAUGGCACCGGGAACGCCUCUCGACAGUAACUUCGGUGCGUCACCACGAGAGUCUCCCGAUAAAGUGCACGAUACGACACAGGGAGAGUCACUGUACAGAUUGCAUGAAAUGACGACGGUAGAGUCUGUACACAGACUUAGUGAAAUGUCACCAGUAGAGAUCCUCUAUAGAAAGCACGAAAGUGCACCAGAAUCUCCGCUAGAUAGAAUACCUAAAAUGUCAAUAGCAGAGCCCCUGUCUAGGCUACACGAAAUUACUCCAGUAGAGAUUGUCUACACAGACCUCGAAUCGAAGUGUCAGGAAGUUAGACCGGGAUUGCCUCUGGAUCCAAUACCCAAAAUAUCAUCAGGAGAGCCUUUCGGUACACUAACUGAAAUGACACCAGGGAAGCCUCUCCAGAGACUAUCAGACAUGACAGCAACAGAGACUCACCGUAGACUGACCGAAAUGGCACCAGGAGAAACUCACCGUAGACUGUCUGAAAAGGGACCGGACCAGACCGUCCGUAGUCCGUGUGAAAUGACACCGGGAGAGAUCCUCCGUAGACCUUCCGAAAUGAUAAGGGGAGAGACAUUCCACAGAUCCCCCGAAAUGGCACCGGGAGAGACCCUGGGUAGAUCCUCUGAAACGCCACCGGGAGAGGCUCUCUGUAAACUGUCACCAGGGGAGCUUUUCCACAGACUGCCAGAAAUUGGACCGGGAGAGCCUCUCCACAGACUUUCCAAAACAGCACUGGGACAGACCCUUCAUAGGCCAUCCGAAAUGGCUCUGGAAGAGACACUCCACAGGCCAUCCAAAAUUGCAUCUGGAGAUCCUCUCCACAGGCUAUCUGAAAUGGUACCAGUAGAGCCUUUCCAUACAAUAUUUGAAAUGGCAUCAGCAGAUCCCUUCCAAACGUUAUUCGAAAUGACACCAGAAGAAUCUUUCCCUAUACUACACGAAAUGGCACCGGGAGAGCUGUACCGUAGACAAUCCGAAAUGGCACCACGAGAGCCUCUCGACAGCAAACCUGAAAUAGCACCGGGAAAUUUUAUCGACAGCAUACCCAAAAGGAAACGAGGAAGACCUCCUGGAAGUAAAAACAAAAAUCCGGGAAAACCUCGGUGUAGAAAAUCCCAGACUACACAGAGAGAGCCUCCCGAUACAGACGCUAAAACUACGUCGGGAAAACCUCGAGAUAAAAUGCCCGAAAAGCCACUGCGAGAGCCUCGGGAUAGUGUACCGGAAAUUUCACCGGGAACCGUAAGUGAUGGAAUACCUGAUAUUCUGUUGGGAGAGCCUGGUGAUAAGAAAUCUAAUAAAAAACCGGGAGACACAGAGAAAUGGCCCUGCCACUUUUGUCAGCAAUUAUUUUGUUCUCUUUCAGGCUUAAAGAGACACCUGGUCAGACAUACGGGGGAGCGCAACUAUGUGUGUGAUUUCUGUGGCAAGUCUUUUGCUCGUUCAGACAACCUGAGAGUGCACAAGUAUACCCAUACGGGAGGCCUGCCGUACAAGUGUAAUGUCUGUGGUAAAGCUUUUGGCUGGGCGUGUCAUCUCAGGGAUCACAAACGUAAACAUAUGCCGGAGUCCUUGUAAGUAUGUAAAAUAUGUAACGGUGUGUUCUGAGGACUAUCUGACAAAACACACUUGCGCACACAGAGAUACUGUACGAGAACCUUCCCGCCACGGGGUGAAUGUCGAUGUUCCUGUGAACUGACCGAAUGUGAAUACGGGUGAUGGUGAUACGUGAAGAAAAUUCUGAAGAAAUGCUACUAUUUCUGAUCAUGUGAUUUUGCUCUUUGUCCAUAUGGAUCGACACUGCCAGCAUUGUGUUGCUUUUAAAAUGUUCUCACCUAAAGCAGUUCCCACACCAUUGAAUGGAAAUUACCAGUUGAGCUGGAAAUAUAUGCAUCUGUUUCCUUGAGGCUUUUAUGAAAGACCGAAAAGUUCUUACAAAUGAUGUUCCUUACCCUCACUUAUAAUGUCUGAGUUACAGUUUUAAAGAAAUAUUAGGGUUAUGAUAAACUGGACAAGGCUGGUAAGCUUUGAAAUAAAACAAACUUAAAUUGUAAUUAAGUGUACAAAACAGUUCUGUCUUAAAUGGCAGUACUUUUCUCUUUCAAAAUAAGUAAUAAUUAGCAAAAUUAUAUGUGAUACAUACAUCCUCUCUGAGCUGUGGUGCUGCAAAGAAAUUAAAACAUGUCACAGAGGGGUGUUUUUUUCUUUUUCUUUU